CCUCUCUCCUGUCCCUCCAGUAGCAAGCUUUCCUGCAGCAUCUCUCUGCUCUAAGCAUGCCUGGAAAUGUGCAGCUGAGUGUGUUCCUCUAACAACAGCAGACACACUCCAAUGUGACACAAGGGAUGAAAUAUGAAAAGGAGCCAGCACUGCACUGAUGCCAGCUGACAAUGAACCCGUUGCAGAACACCAGUGAUUCAUCAUUACUGGAAGCUGAAGAAGAAAGCAGGAAAACAGACCCUUCCCCAUGUGUACUGGGUUAUAUACCAAUUAUAUACUACAGCAUACUGCUUGGUCUUGGUUUACCAGUGAAUAUCUUAACAGCUGUGGCCCUUUCAAAGCUAGCUUUCAGGACUAAGAAGUCUUCAUACUACUACCUAUUGGCUCUCACCGCUUCUGACAUCCUCACCCAGAUAUUUAUCAUCUUUGUAGGCUUUAUUUUGCAGACUGCCAUCCUCCAUCGCAAAGUGCCCAAUGCUUUCAUCCACAUGGUAAGUGUCCUUGAGUUCUCCUCCAACCAUGCCUCCAUAUGGAUCACUGUCAUCCUCACAAUCGACCGAUAUGUAGCCCUGUGUCUUCCCCUGCAGUAUCGCUCACUAUCUUAUCCAGAGCGCACACGUAGAAUCAUUAUCUGUGUCUUUCUGGCAUCAUUUGUAACCGGAAUCCCCUUCUAUUGGUGGAGUGAUGUUUGGAGGGACCCCCGAACACCAGGAUUGCUAGACCGUGUCCUCAAGUGGGUCCAUUGCUUUAUCAUUUACUUCAUCCCUUGCACCAUAUUCCUCCUCACAAACUCUGUAAUCAUUGUCAGGCUUAGAAGGAAGUCAGAGUCAAAGAGGUACAAGCUUCGCAUCGGCAAGACCACAGCAAUCCUUAUGGGCAUCACAACUGUCUUUGCCUUACUUUGGGCUCCCCGGACUAUUGUCAUAAUCAUUCACAUGUACGUGUCCUCUGUCCACAAGAACUGGAAGGUUCAUCUGGCUAUGGAUAUUGGAAAUAUGUUAGCCCUCUUGAACACAGCUGUCAACUUCUUCCUCUACUGUUUUGUAAGUCAGAGAUUUCGGGACAUGGUGAGAGAGAUCCUUGGAUUGCAAAAAUCUUGCCACAUGGUAGAGGGGAAAAAAUCCCAUAGUGACAAUUUUUCUGACUCUUUGAAGCCCAUGGAGAUCCCACAAGCAACAGCUAUUUAAGUUAAGUUACGCAGCAUACAUAUAAUUGAAUUUUCUACCAUAUACAUGUAUUGCAUUGUCCUGUAAUGAUUGCAUGUAAAGAAUUGGCAGCAAAAAACAACAACCCAUGCAUGAAAUAGACAUGUUUGAAUUAAAAGUGUGUGACCCCAUCCAGCUCUCUCCUGCAAUGUGAUUUUUUUUAUAAGGGGAUCAUUCAAAUGUGAUAAAUCAUAAAAACAGUAUAAUGUAGUAUCUAUAAGGGAUGCAGAGACUGGAAGUGGUAAGGAGAGAAGUUGCCAUUUUCAAAAUGGUGGGUUUAGGGAAGAAAUAUACAGAGAUAUCUGAGAUAAGCGCUGUUUUCCUGGUGGGGUUGAAAUGCAGCGGAUAAUUCUUCAAGAUCUGCAUUUCAAGAAAA